GGCUAAAGGCGCGUCUCGCGAGGCGCCGCGCGCUGCCGCUUCCUGCCCCCAAGAUGGCGGUGCCCGCGGAGGCGCCGGCGGCUGCUGAGGGACGGUUCCGCACGCGCGACGUGUUGGUGCCCGGCGGCCCCUCCGACUUCGGGUCGCUGCUGCUGUCGGCGCCGGUGCUGGCGGGGCUGGAGGCGGCUGGGUUCCACAGGCCGUCGCCGGUCCAGCUGAAGGCCAUCCCGCUGGGGCGCUGCGGCCUGGAUCUCAUCGUGCAGGCCAAGUCGGGCACUGGCAAAACCUGCGUGUUCUCCACCAUCGCCCUGGACGCGGUGCUGCUGGAGAGCCCCGCCACGCAGAUUUUGAUCCUGGCUCCUACACGAGAGAUUGCUGUGCAGAUUCAUGCUGUCAUCACAACUAUUGGAAUAAAAAUGGAAGGCUUAGAAUGCCAUGUCUUCAUUGGUGGGACUCCUUUGAACCAGGACAAAAUCAGACUAAAGAAGUGCCACAUCGCAGUUGGCUCCCCAGGUCGAAUAAAACAGCUCAUAGAGUUGGACUACUUGAAUACAGCCAGUAUUCGGCUUUUCAUUCUUGAUGAAGCAGACAAGCUUCUAGAAGAAGGCAGCUUCCAGGAACAAAUCAAUUGGAUUUACUCUUCACUACCAGUCAAUAAACAGAUGCUUGCUGUUUCAGCUACUUAUCCUGAGUCAUUAGCUAAUGCUUUGACCAGGUACAUGAGAGAGCCGACAUUUGUGAGGUUGAACCCUACUGAUCCAAGUCUCAUUGGGCUGAAGCAGUAUUACAAGAUUGUGAAUUCCCAUCCGCUUCCACAUAAAACAUUUGAGGAAAAAACCCAGCACCUACAGGAGCUGUUCAGCAAAAUUCCAUUUAAUCAAGCCUUAGUCUUCUCAAAUUUGCAUAGCAGGGCUCAACAUCUAGCUGAAAUACUGACAUGCAGAGGCUUUCCUGCUGAGUGCAUUUCAGGUAGCAUGAAUCAAAAUCAACGACUUGAUGCUAUGGCUAAAUUAAAGCAAUUCCACUGUAGAGUUCUGAUUUCCACAGACUUGACAUCUCGUGGAAUUGAUGCUGAAAAAGUGAAUCUAGUUGUCAACCUGGAUGUACCUGUAGACUGGGAAACGUACAUGCAUCGUAUUGGCAGAGCUGGGCGCUUUGGAACUUUAGGCUUAUCUGUGACAUACUGCUGCCGUGGAGAGGAAGAAAACACAAUGAUGAAAAUUGCUCAGAAAUGUAAUCUUCAGCUUCUUCCGCUACCAGAGCCUAUACCCCCUGGAAUGAUGGAUCAAUUUGAAGAUGGGGAGGUAGAAGUCAAACCUGUUGUACAUACAGGUGCUUCAGUGAAUUCUGACACUGUGUGUCUUAGACCAGAGGAACCAGUACUGCAGCCUGUCCAAAAUACUUUUUCAGAGGUACCUCAGCCUCUUUCUAAUCUUCCAGGUGGUAAUUCUUCUGUAGAAAGGCCAAAAAAGGCUCUAAAGCAAAAGCAGAUAAAAAAGUGCACAAAUUCUACAAAUACAGAAAAAGGUAGCAGAAAACCCCAAACUUCCAGUUGCCACAUAGAACAGAGGAGUCAAGUCAAAACUGUCUCCAGAAUGGAUGGGCAACAUAACAGUCAGUCUCCAGAUGAGGAGGCCUUAAAAAAAAAUCUUCCCAGAAUUCCAUGCUUGUCAUCUUUCAAAAGACAACAGAACAAUCCCUGGAACUUCUCAGAGUUUGUUGAAGACUAUGAGUAUUUCAUUAAAGAAGGGUUGGAGAGAGAGGUUGAAAUUUUAAGAAGCUAUUCAGGCCCAGGAGAACAGUGUGAGCUCCCCAGAAAUGGUGGUGUAGAGUGGAAAGAGGUGGAACAAAAUACAGAGAUGGUAGUAAAUGGUGUGUCUGGUGACAGUGAUGGUUCCUACAGUUCCAGGGCUUCCUCCAAGAGUAGGGAAAACAGCUCAUGCUUUGAAGCACUUUCAGACACACCGGAGAAGAAUGCUGUUCCCAUAGUGCGUCAGGGUCAUGCAGACUUCUGUUCUACACCAGACAAACCUCAGGAGCUAUCACAAGUCCCAAAGCAAAAUCGAGGGAAAAACAAAGUUCUGAAACAAAACGCUAAACAAAAGAAAAGCCAUAACCAUCAAUUCCCUAGUUCUUCCAUGAGAAAAACUGAAGACAACUGCUCCUGCAGCUCUUGGGAUGAUGGUGGUCCGUAUGAGGCAUGGAGUUACAAAAACUACUGGAAAUCUUACUAUCAAGCAUGGCAAAACUACUAUGCUGCAGUGGCUCACUACAGGAAAAGUUACAGUCACUUCAACUGGAUGAGUGCCUAUCACGUCAACUCAGUCUACCUUCAGGAACUGCUGAAAAGUGGUGACUGAUGUAAUGACACUGCUGUUGCGACAGGCUGGUUGGUACAAUGAAUGGACAUUAUCUGUGGCAAAAACUGCUAGUCUGCAAGUACAUGGACAAACAUAAACGGACGUUGUUAAAGACUGAAGAAAAAUCUUGUCUUUUUCAUAAGUGAGCUGUGUCUAGGUAAAUGUUUUUUACGUGCAUUCUGUUGAUGGUGUUGCAACAAGUUGUUAAUAAAAGGAAAUGAAAGACAGCCGGAUGUUCAGUUGCAAUAUUUAUAAUGCAAAGUAAACAAAGGAAGGUAAAAGGCAGACAUGUACAUGUGAGAAAUCUCAGUAAGGAGAAAAUACAAACUGGCCCCAGUUUUACUUGCUUGACUUGUCUUCUGUGUGACUUGUGGCUGAAGAUGAAUUCACUGUAAGACUGCGUAGUCUGUUUAUAGUUGGAGAUCAUUCCGUUUUCUGUAAUUCUGUUUAACACCAGGCACUGAUUAUAUACCAGUGGUAGAGUAAAACCUGCAUCUCCGUGCCUGUAUUGCUAAUUUAAAUCCUGUUAAUUAACUUUGUAUAAAUAACACUUCUACAGCUAGGUGUAUGGCAAGCUGUGCAGUAGAGGAUGGUUUAAUUAUGUAGAAAAUGGCAGCAAUCAUAAUUGGUCUGUCCCUCUGGGUGCAGCAAUAUCAGACUUGCCACACUUACAGGAAAGCUUUAAUUAGAAGUGAAAUUAGCUAUUAGUACUAAAACUAAUUGGUAUUUCCUGUUUGGGUUGCACUGCUUUGUAUGUAGCUGUCCUGAAGAAGGAGAAGAGGAGAGUAUUGGCUGGCUUAGGGUGUCAACCCUGGGUUGGCUCUGCGCUCAUUUUGAAACUUCAUCCUCUGGCUUUAAUAUGUUUGGGAUCCUAGAGGCAGAUUUCGUCAGCUAGUUUCUUUGAUUUCUCAAAGUUCAACAGAGCAAAUAUAGUCUUGUGUUUUGAGCAGAGCAAGGCUGGAUUUCCCUUAGUAAAAGCACUGCUUCCUACCUACUGUGAACCGUAGUUUGAAGGAGAGCUGCUGCUUUAAUUUGGUGAAAUGGAUGUCUUCAGGGAUGCUUGAUUGCUCACCUUCAGCAACUUUCAAAUUCAUUUUGAGAAAUAUGGUACGUUUUCACUUUGCUUACAUUGUCGCUUGCUGUUUGAGCGUUCUAAUGUUCUUGCAAAUUUCCCUGUGCAAAUCCUGUGGUGGCCCUGGCAGCACUUACGACCUUUCUGUGGAGUGGUUGGCCUAAACUUUAUACCGUGCAAUUCAGACUCUCUUCACUGUGCAGAAGAACUGUAAGAUUGGUUUAGCUCAUGAGCGGCACAGAAAUUUAGCGAGCCAGGACAGUGUCCUGCGCUGGGUGGGUUUGGGGUUUUCCUGCAGCUGGGGCAAUGGUGGCCUCUAGUGGGUGUCAGCCUUUACUGCAAGAGAGAAAGGGUCUGUGGGCGCUUCUCGUCAGCUCUAACUCGGUGGGUGUCAGAGGUCGCCGCAUAAGUAAUUUUAAUUUCUGCUUAAAGAAUUUUGAAAAUUUUAAAUCAUGCCUCCAAGUGACACUUUCGGAUAUGGUUAAUAUGAGCUCCGCUUUACUUGUUUGGUGGUUGAGACAAGCUGACCCUAUCUGCAGUACAGAAUACAAGACUUCGGCCUAAAUGGAAUUGCCGAGAUGAGAUUGCGCUUUUAAAGAAAGGCAUAAGAUGUGCUCUUUAAAUAUAAUAAAUAUCUUUUUAGGAGAAGUAUUUUUCUUCCUGUACUUUUUUCCUGCCUUACUCCCUUUGUGUCACAGCAAAUUCCUCCAGGGAGGGGUCUCUCCUAGAUUUUGUCUGCAUAGUUUGAAAAGGCCACGAUGAUACGAUUUUGUUUCCAAGAUGAAUUUUGUUGCAACUCUUAAUGUUCAAAAGGAGAAUACUGUAAGAGAUGCACUUGGAUAUCUGCAUUAUUGCUCUCCUGUAACAUCUGUCAUCUUGCUGUUCUCAUUAGUGGUUGCUUAAGUAAGAGUUAUUAGUAUUGAAAUGCAAAUCGAGUGGCUUAAGCCAACACCCAAAGUUCUCCAAAAGAACCUCCCAGACUUUUUUUAGAAGAAAUCUACAGCAUCAUCUUGGUAUUUGUGGCACAUACUCUGUUUAAUCCAGAUUGGAUACAUCAGGUACAGCAGUGGCACAAGACUCAAUACUGUAAAUGAUAUACAAGUUUCAACAUAUGCACUACAAUUCCAAAAGAAGACAACAGGAAACUUGGUUCUUCUAGAAAGUUGUUCUCAAAUGAAGCUACCUGCAGUUGUAUACAGUACAUUUUGUAUCUGUCCUCUGAUGUUUGUAAGCAAAGCCCAUUUAUAGUACGAAAAUAGAAAAUAAUAAGGUCGAGAGCUUCUUAUAACAUAAAACUUCUAAAGAAAACACCAUUGCAUUGGAAUGCCUUACUGAUUUAUCAAAAAUAUACCAUCACACGCA